CCAAUGAGGAGCGAGUGGGCAGUGACGAACGCAUGACGUCAAACGUGUCACUGAAAACAUGAGGAAGUAUCACAUGUGUCUUUCCUGCGUUCACCCUCUGAUUUCAAUCAAACAGUCACCAUGAAGUUGAUCUCCAGCUCCGUCACAGCUGCUUCGCUUACCUGCAUCACUGUGGCCUCGCUCCUGCUGCUGCAUUGCCAGCAUGUAGCAGCAGACCGGAGGUCGGACUCUGCCCUAACUGUGGUGGAGAAUGCAGAAGGAGGAGGAGGAGCAGGUGGUGAUGAAGAAGAAGAGGCAAAUUUAAAUUUAGAGGUGAUCCAACCUACUGAUCAGUGGCAGACACUCAAACCAGGCCAAGCAGUGCCAGCAGGUUCCCAUGUGAAGCUGAAUCUGCAGACAGGUCAAAGGGAGGUCAGACUGGGAGAAGAGCAGCUCAAAUACUGGACACAGGAUCACAGGAGGGAAGAGGAGUCUCAGUCCUUCUUCAGCCCUGAUGAACUGAAACAGGCCAUGAAGAAUAUAAAGGAGGACCUGAACCCAGACUCUGUGGCUUCCAAGUUUCGCCCCCUAGAGGAGCUGAAGAGAGAUAUGGCUCAGCUGGACCUGCUGGUUGAGACGGAUUUUCAGAUAAUGCGGCGUCUGCUGGACCAAUUCAACAGCAGCAACUCAACUACAGAGCAGAGACUGAACAUUCUGCUGGAGCUGGAGUAUCUGGUGCACCAGGUGGAUAAUGCUCAGACUUUGUGCUCGAUGGGGGGUCUCCAGGUCAUCCUAGACGGCCUGAACAGCUCUGACUUCAGAUUACAGGAAAGAUCUGCCUUUGUCCUGGGAUCUGCUAUGGCCAGUAACCCAGUGGUUCAGGUGAAAGCUGUGGAGAGUGGAGCGCUGCAAUUGUUGUUAACUGCACUGGCCACUGCACAGCCACUCAGAGUAACGAAGAAGGUCCUGUUUGCAGUAGCCGCCCUCUUGCGUCACUUCCCCUAUGCUCAACGUACUUUCCUGUCUCACGGGGGACUACAGGUCCUAUCAGAGUUGUUUAGGGCAGAUGGAGGUGGAGUUCUCCGAACACGAAUUGCCACCAUGUUAUAUGACAUGAUCAGCGAGAAGGAGCUGAUCUCUCAGACAGGUCUGGACCCGGUAUUGGAUGCCGCCCAUGAGGACCGUGUGCGGCAGUACUCUGAGGUGUCAUUGGAGGAGGAGCUACUGGAGAAAGGCUGGUGCACUUUGAUCCCACAGCUGCUGGAGUCCACUGAGCAUGACUACAGAGAGAAGGCUCUACGGGCUUUGUUGGCGAUGGCUCCCACAUGUUUGGAUCAGUACCGCUCUGACAGCUCUCUGCUGGGCUCCCUGCUGUCUCUCCGAGAACAGUACCAGGAAAUGGUCCAGUCAGAAAUGAUUCUAGGAGAGGAGAACAGCUACUUCGCAGAGAUUGCGGAAUUUAUUGACGCACUACAAGUCAAAAUGAAAUGACCGGAGGAUUGUACAGUGACACUUUACAUGGCCACAAUGCAGAGACUGAAAACUAAACAACCAGUCUCCAGCGCAUGACCAACCACAGAGUGACAAAUUCCUCAAGACAAGAGUCAACUCGAUAUAAGUCAUGGACGAGGAUCAUUCAGAAAACAUACAUGGUAACAUUAGGGACGGCUCAUUUGAGUAAGCAUCCAUGUAAGAAAGGUCUGUAAUGGAAAAUGCUCUUUGUGUUGAUAAUUUAAAAAUGAAUUUAUAUUUUUAAAGUAUUAUUUUGGAACAAA